AGUAGUCAAAGUGUGACGCUUGUGACAGCAAGUGUCGAAGUCGGACGUUCGUUGCUUCAGUGGUCGAAGUCUGAUGUUCGUGGCAGCAAAUUUCCAAGUCUGACUCGCGCAGGCAGCAGUAGUCGAAGUCUUUCGCUCGUGGAAGAAGAAGCCAGAGUAGAAUGGAGAGUGACUGUCGGGACUGAUAGAUGGACUGGAAUUAUUAGCACCUCGGACUGACAUUUCAACGAUAGUUUUGGCAGAGGGAAACAGAUGAGGUCAGGUGACAUCUCGCGUCAUCGUUAGCUCGCCGUCGACGUCAGUGCCCUGACUGAUGUGCAUCACUGCCGUGAUAUCAGGUAGUGAUUUGGUGAUAUUUUGGAUACGUCCGUACUUGAUGCUCGACUAAACGGAGAACCUGGUCUGCCUAAGUUAUCUGGAUCCGCGUCUUCAGAAAAGGGGCAGCACCGGUGACCACCAGGUCACGGUGAGCUCAGUGCACCACAAUGAACGCCAGUGAGUCAGCUAACGGCACCCAACCAGCCGCCGACCUACCGAGCCUGCCGCCGCAGCUGGAGCUCAACAUCAGUGACGGCAGGACGGACAACGGGCAGUAUACGGGCGGGCCUGGCGGUAUUGAUGAUGACGUCAUCUUCUCCGAGGGGCCGCCCUGGUGGAUGGUGGUACAUAUCUACGGUUUCGCCUGUCUGUUCUUCAUGCUGGCCUUCUACGCCUUCUUCUCCGGAAUGAAUAUCAGAUCGCAAAUAUCCAGUCGACCAUUCAUGGCCACCGUAAACGGCUUCCUGUGUGCGCUGGGUGUCAGCAGGGCGGCCUAUCUCGUCAUCGAGCAGUACCACCUUCAGGAGGUGCUGCCCGAGGUGGUCUCACGCCUUCUGUGGGACGUCGGCUUCCCCUGUCUGCUGGCCGCCUCCAUCAUCAUUCAGUACACGUUCUCUGAGCUGUCCCAGAUGAGUUUCGGCCCGGCGUUCCUGCGAAGGCGUCCGUUCCUGUCCAGUGUCAUCUGUGGCCAUUUCUUCACGGUGCUCAUCACGGACCUUAUCGCGGGCUUGGAGACGGAGGCCACGGCUCUGCUGUAUAUAUCUCAGACGGUGUUUAUCGUGUGGUGUCUGUUCAUCCACACCACCUUCCUCUUUAUCGGCUACAAGGUGCUGCACAUGCUGAACGAGCUGCCGUCCAGCGCCUUCAAUAACGGCACAGUCGACACCAACACCAAAGGAAUCAUGCAGUUGGCGCUUCUGGCGCGGUGCGGUAACAUCGCCAGUUCUGUGAUCGCCUCCGGUGGCCAGCGGACGGCGGCGCCGCCACCCAAAAUCCGCAUCACAGACGAAAACGAGCGGACAGUCAGCUUCCACAGCGAGACGGCCAUCACCAGCGCAGAGCCAGAGCAACCCGCUCCGGCUGCCGAGGAGACCCCCAGCUGCGAGCGGAGACCGUCCGAUCCGGUGGCUCCCGUGCGGCGGCCGCUCCGCCCCACGGGCAGACGCUGCAGCGAGAGUGCGGCGACCGGCCGCAAGGCGGCGCUAGCGUCGUCCGAUCGCAACCGCAGCCGGUCAUGCUGCGCCCCGAGUGAGCCGGACUCUCUGGAGACCAUCUCCCCGGCCCCCGCUCCGCCGGCACCGGCCGCCAGCCGUCCCAAGAGGCCGCCCCCGCGCCCCGAGACGACGGCCAGGAGCUCCCUGCUGCCGACAGCCGCGCCGCCGCGAGACUCGAUCGUCUCGACGGAUAUCACCCUGCAGACAGUGCUCAAUCAUAUCGCCUAUAUCAGUCACCCGACCACUGUGCGCAUGUCGCCCAAAUAUCAGGUGCGGCGAAUCCUGAAGGUGACGUACACCACAGCACUCCUCGGCGUCCUCCUGUCCGCCGUGUACCUCGCGCUGCUGUACGCCCGGCCUGCCAUCGGCUCCACCACCUGGCUUCUGCUGGAGACAGCGGCGCGCUCUGCAGAGUUCUUCAUGGGCUGCUGCAUCGCCAACAUCACCAAACAACCUGUGCAGAGGAGCGGCGGGAUGCUGCGCCAGUACCACUGAGUUGGUGUCAGUACCGCGCGGUGGUGAGGCAGGGUGUGAUGAUAGUGGUGAACUGAUGAUAGCCGAUGAUAGCCGGUGACGGAUAAUGUCAAAAAUCCAGUGUUUUGUGUGAUUGGCGUCGGAACAAUGCCAGUCCGUGAUAGCGCGUCGGUGGAUCUCGUGGAGGUGUUAUUAUAAUAGUGUGUCCGCAUGCUGCUGUGCUUUGAUAUGGAAAAUGUUCUAAAAGGUAGUGAUGACAGCUUGACGAGGUAUUUGUAAAUACCAUUUCACAUGUGUUUUCACGCACUCGAUCACGCUCAAACACGCAUAAUUUACACGCAAACGUGGACACACAAACAAGCAUACACGCACAUACAAUUAUAAAUCACGAAGCAAAUCUCAUGUAGGCUGACGGCGACUACAAUAAUCAUUGUCAUCACUAGCAUCGUGCUCGUCAGCAGGAACAACAUAUGCAUUGCACGGAAGGUGCAUAAUUAUACAUUGAACACUGAACAAUUCGUCUUUAAUGAAACAUAAGUCUGUAUAUAAUGAAACGUAAGUCACGAAACAUAAGUCCUAACUAUUUCAACGUCACGCAGCCUACGCUAAUGUAACCGGGCUAUUUCAAAACGUAUCUCAAAAUUCAGCAAGCAUUUCCCGGCAUUUCCUCAGUGCCGUUAAGCAGUUUUUUUCGCACAAGUAAAGGUUAGAAAUUUAACCGUAUAUUUGCUAUCAAUGAACAAAAAACCUCAACCACUCAAGCGAUAAUCAAACCCUUCAGUAAAACUGUCGAACUGCUUCGGUUGAAUCAGCAACCCACUUACCAUAAGUAUGUUUAGCUAUCACGUCGAUGGUCGUUUUUUUCGCAUGGUAUCUGAUAGUACGAACUAUUCAGUGAUGGCGGGCUUUUGCAAAUAUCCGGUUAUCAAAGGCUGAAGUGCGCGACAAUGUCGGUGUUAUCAGCUGUGGCCCUUCCGGAGAGAUGUCUUCAGUGUUGUGGACAAUUUAUAGCUGGAUUGUCCAUACAGACUCACUAUGUUUGAGCUUUGCCGCCUGUGUCAGAACUCAGAACCAUCUCUAAUUCAUAAGUGUGUGUACAUAUUGACUGUCAGUCAUCUUCAAUGAACGUGACUAUUUUGAAUUCAAAACACAUGUAUUUAUGUAUGGAAGGAUAAUGGAUGUCGUAUUUAUCAGCGUGUAUGUUUGUGUAUAUAGAUGUGCGUGUGCUUUUAUGUAUACCUGCCAUUGUAUGUAAAUGCACAUAUGUUUUAU